AUGCUCCCUGCUCCUGAUGAUGAACACUGUGUAUUGGACGGGCGGCCCUCGGCCCGCAUGGUGCUGCUCAAGGGCGUCGCGCACGACGGCUUCCGCUUCUUCACCAACUACGAGAGCCGCAAGGGGAAGGAGCUGGACUCCAACCCCUUCGCCUCGGCCGUCUUCUACUGGGAGCCCCUCAGCCGGCAGGUGCGCGUCGAGGGCUCCGUGCGGCGCCUCUCGGAGCAGGAAUCCGAGCAGUACUUCCACUCGCGCCCCAAGAGCAGCCARAUCGGCGCCGUCGUCAGCCGGCAAAGCACCGUCAUUCCGGACCGGGAGUAUUUAAUGAAGAGGCACGCGGAGCUGGAGGAGCAGUACAAGGAGACAGUGGUGCCGAAGCCGGCGUACUGGGGCGGCUACGUCCUGCAGCCGGACGUCGUGGAGUUCUGGCAGGGCCAGACCAACCGCCUGCACGACCGCAUCGUCUUCCGGCGCGUGCGGGACGCCUCGGCGCCCCUGGGACACAUGACGCACCGCGGAGAGGGGCCCUGGGUGUUCGAGCGGCUCUCGCCGUGA